AUGACCACCCCCAAGUCCAUUUACUCCCUCUCAGGUCUGCCGCAAAAUCACUCGUUACGCUACACCACCAGAGACCACGCCGACGACACCGCAAAACAUGCUGACUCCACACCCCCUUCUACCGGCCGAGGCUACCCCAAGCAAUUCCACAAUCGGGAGCAGCUCCAGGACCUGACGGGCCUGCUUACACCAAGACCAGGAGCAACCCUCCAGGAGUUCCCCAUCACAGCACAAGGCAAAUGGGCUCCAGGGCAAAGCCCUGGUCCUAUGCGCUCCAUUCAUGAAUCGGGGAAUCCUCAACAUAACAUUGUGGCGUACCAUGACCCCAACAACACGAAUCAUGGGGCGAAUAUGACAGGGCCUAAUUAUCAUUCGUAUUCUCAAGCGAAGGCUGCGGGGCCAGCAGCGGAGGCUGCGUAUAGGCAGUAUUAUAGUAAUGCUGUUGCUGGGAAGCCAUGGAUGAACUAG